CUUAGGUAUUGUUAUACAUCUAGAAAUCAAAAAAAAAAAAAAUUUAGUCCAAAUAAAUUAGGUUACGAUUCUGAGAAAUAAAACACUUUAUGGACAGAUUUUAUUACAAGUAUACGUAAUAUUAGUGGCAAACGAUAAUGACGAAGUUUUUAACUGACCAGAUGUAUGGACUUGGAGGCGUAUUAAUUGGUUUAUUUGCUUUUCUUAUACUUUGUACAACGCUCUGGUUUUUUUACUGGCGAAAGCAACAAGGAAAACGUUUCCGACGUCUUUCUGAAACUGAGUCAUCGCAACAAAUAAUCCAGACAAAGUUCCCUAUUAUAAAGACAAACACGCUAGAAUUUACUCUUCCGCAAACAGCAUUUACAAGAUCGUUACAGAGCAGCGAAAAACUUAAUGAGUCGAACUGUAACGGAGAAAAAUAUGAAUUGUCAAUUAAUGGUUUACAAGAUACUGGAGUAAUAAAAACAAAAUUCGGCCAAUUUAAACCAGCUUUAUAUCAAUCUAGUGACGAUAGUGAAUGCGAUGCGGACAAUGAUUUACCUCCGGGUAACAACGGUCGCAUUUAUUUUAAUUUGGAAUACUUAGCGCAAUCAGAAAAACUUGUAGUAACUGUUGAUAGAAUUCGGAAUCUACUUGGUCGAAAUGCUUCGGCAUCACAGUCAACAACAUGUGAUCCUUUUAUUCGUUUAUACUUGUUACCUGACGAAAAACGAUACUUACAAUCUAAAAUGAAACGAAAAACACGCCAUCCUGUUUUUAAAGAAACAUUUAUUUACACUAUGUCAUACAGUUUACUUAUUGAAAGAACGUUAAGAAUAACCGUUUUUGACGUAGACCGAUUUAUGCGUCAAAAUAUCAUUGGUCAUGCUUUGUAUCCUCUAAGCGAUUUGGAUGUAACAAUGGUGACUGAAGUUUCAAGAGAUGUAGAAAAGUUUUCGCAAGUAUGCGCCGGAUCUGGAAGAUUGCAAAUUGGACUUACACAUUUCCCAGAUUUGAAUCGAAUUAGUGUCAACGUGAUAAGAGCUUCCCAGCUGUUUGAAGAAUUGGGAGUAUCUGCUCCAGACACGUACGUCAAAAUCACAUAUCUUGUUCUCAGCAAAGUUCAUAAAAUCAAAAAAACGUCAAUAAUUAAAAGUUCUUUCGAACCAUUGUAUAAUGAAACUAUGGAGUUUAAAAUAAAUAGCAACGAACUAGAUGCUGGUUGCUUACACUUUGAGGUUUUUCAAUGUACGGGGGGAAUAAAAAACGAUCGUAUUCUUGGCUAUUUUAUUAUCGGAGGAAAUAUGUGUUCACGUGGCAAAGAGCUAGAACACUGGGAAAACAUGGUACAAAAUUCUCACAAAGUUAUAAAAGAAUGGCACGACCUCAAAAGUUGACAAAAUAAAUAAACAAAAACAUCUUUUAACAAAGAUAAUGGCAGCUUAUUAAUCUUCUUAGAGACCGUUGCUAAAGAAAAUAAAAUAAAAAUUAAUCAGUAACAAAUAUCAAGUAAAAUUUUUUGUUGCGUAACAGAGUGCUUCCAUAACACUUUGCAAAUUAAGCCAACAUAAACUCAACUAUAAAAAAUAUGAUAUUGAUUUAAUUUUACAACCCAAUAUACAGAAAAACAUUUAAAGAUUACAACAACCAUCGUUUAUCUUUCAUAAACUGUAAAUAAAAAAAAGUACAACAACUGUUAAUUAGCGACUUCGAGAUUAAUAAUUGACACGCGCAAUUUUUACUUAUAAAGUAUAUAUUUAUAAAGCAUAUAUUUAUAAAUAACUGUAUAUAAAUACUUUUUAAAAGGAGCACAUCGAUAGCUUAAAAUUUUUCAAAAGAGAAAAUACUUAAUAAUGCCGUUUGACUAGCUGUAAAAAUUUAUAAAAAGGUUAAACUUUAAACUUUAAACAGCAAUUUUGUAAAAUUAUUAAACGAUAAUA